ACGCGCAUUGCGCAGGCGCAGCCGCCGGGUGGUCACGUGGCGGAGCAGCAAGAUGGCGGCGCGCGGAGUGUGACCGGGGAGCCCCCCCAGAGUCCCCAGUGUGCCCGGACCCGCCCGCGCCAUGGUGACGGAGCAGGAGGUGGAGGCCAUCGGCCGCACGCUGGUGGACGCGGCGCAGCCGCUGCCUGCUCGGUUCCGGGCCCUCUUCACCCUGCGCAACUUGGGCGGCCGUGCUGCCGUGGAGUGGAUCGGCCGCGCGUUUGGGGACGGCUCGGCGCUGCUGAAGCACGAGCUGGCCUUUUGCCUGGGCCAGAUGCAGGACGAGGCGGCCAUUCCGGUGCUCAUCCGUGUGCUGGAGGACACGGCCCAGGAGCCCAUGGUCAGGCACGAGGCAGGUGAAGCCCUGGGUGCUAUUGGGAACCCUGACGUGCUGGAUAUCCUGAAACGCUAUUCCCAGGAUCCUGUGGUCGAGGUGGCAGAGACGUGUCAGCUGGCCGUGAGGAGGCUGGAGUGGCUGCAGAACAACAAGGAGAAGUCGGGCACCAGCCCAUACCUCUCUGUAGAUCCUGCUCCCCCUGCUGAGGAGACGGAUGUUGCCAAGCUCCGGGAGAUCCUCCUGGAUGAGUCCCAGGAACUGUUUGACCGCUACCGGGCCAUGUUUGCCCUGCGGAAUGUGGGGAGCCAGGCUGCUGUGCUGGCACUGGCAGAAGGGCUGCGCUGCGGCAGCGCGCUGUUCCGCCAUGAGAUCGGGUACGUGCUGGGGCAGCUGCAGGACGAGGCGUGUGUCCCCCAGCUGACGGCCGCCCUGCGCAGCCGCACCGAGAGCCCCAUGGUGCGGCACGAGUGCGCCGAGGCGCUGGGCUCCAUCGCCCGGCCCUCCUGCCUGCAGGCCCUGCGCGCCUUCGCCGGCGACGAGGAGCGCGUGGUGCGCGAGAGCUGCCAGGUGGCCCUGGACAUGUACGAGUACGAGAACGGUGCCCAGUUCCAGUACGCCGAUGGGCUCUGCAAGCUGCAGGCCUCCUCCUAAGCCUGGACUGGGAGCACUGAGGCACCUCCCACCCCCUCCUGCUGCCAAUGGUGCUUUCACAGCCACCUCUGUUGGUGUGGAUCCAUGCCUUGCCACGCAGAGCUGGAGGAGGGACUGGAUUUGCUCUCUGGCACAAUUACAACCACCUUUUCCCUCCAAAUCCAGGCUGAGCUGCUACUUGCCUCCCCAUCACUCCUUGCCAGCUACUGUUUGCUAGAUCUGCCCCUUUUCCCUGCCAGGAUCAGCACUGCCUGCCCACAGCGUGGCUUGGGGCUUGGACCAGGUGGGCUCUGCUUGGCACAUCAGAGCCUGCUGCAGCUCUGCAGGGCUUGGGCCUGCCCUGGGUUGGUGCUGCCAAGUCAGCAGCUCCAUUCUCUCCAGCUGAGCUUUGCUGGGGGCUAGGAUGGGCUUUGGGCACCCACUUUUGUGGGCUAUGGUGUUGGGAUGCUUCGAAAUUGCUCUCAGUGCUGGUGCUGAGCUGGGGCCCUCCUCGCCCCCGCAGUGGGUUUGGCUUUUCCUGUUGGGACAGGCUGGAGCUGAGCCUGUGGCAGCCUCUGCCCCACAAUGGGGGUUGUUUCAUGGCAAAGUUGGGAAGAUAUUGCUGGGUUUUUUUCUGUGGGGAAGGAAAAAAGGGUUUUUUCUGCUGCCAUUAGGGUGGGCAGGGUGAGGUAGAGCCUGUGUGGGCUUUCCCCUGUGUUUAACCAGGCCCAGGAGGGCUGAGGCUGCUGCUGGCACCCAAAUCCUUCAGCCAGCCCAGCCUGGGCACUGGGGUGUGGGGUUUGGCAAGGAAUAAAGCACUGGCACAGGAA